AUGGGGUUCUCGGUGUUGCUUGCUGCUUACACAGUGACACUGCUGCUGGCGUUCACCAUUGCCACCCUGCACAGAUCUAUACAGAGCAAGCGUACUUCCGCGACAGCUCUCAACAAACCGGCUCCUCCUCCUGGCCCCGCCGGCUACCCUCUCCUCGGCAGCCUCCUCUACGUCAUCGGGCCCCUCCGACACAACCCGCACCGGAGCCUCGUCGCCCUCGCGAAAGCCCACGGCCCCAUCGUGUACCUCCGGCUCGGCCUGACCCGCGCCAUGGCCGUGGUCUCGUCCGCCGCCGUCGCCCACGAGGCCCUGGUGAAGAACGACGCGGCGCUCGCGGCCCGGCUCGUCCCCGACAACGUGCGCGCGCUGUCGUACGGCGCCACGUCCAUGGUCUUCCUCCCGAGCUCCGACCAGCUGUGGCGGCAGCUCCGCGUCCUGAUCGGCGCCGGCUUCUCCUCCAGCCAAAUCCGCCCUGUCCUGGAACGCCGUGCCGGCCAGCUCGCCGAGCACGUGAGGGCGUGCGCUGGCUCCGGCAGGCCAGUGAACAUCCGGGAGGCCGUGAACGGCACGGUGCUCAACGUCGUGUCGAACGUUCUCUUCUCCGAGGACGUGGUGGACCUGCGCGAGCAGCAGAAGGCACAGACGUUCAAGAGCCUCGUCGUGCCCGUGCUUGAGGAGUGGUCCAAGCCCAGCGUCUCCGACGCCUUCCCUUUCCUGGCGCCGCUGGAACACCUCCUCGGCUCGCGCCGCCGCAUCUCCACGCACCUGGCCAAGCUGUUCAGGUUCUUUGAUGAGGUGAUCAUUGAGAAACGAUUAGCUUGUUGCGAGAAGCACAAUGACAUCUUGGAUGUCCUCCUCUCCCGGAUGGCCAUGGCCAAGCUCACGCGCCAACAGAUCACUACAUUUAUAACAGAUAUGUUCAUCGCGGCGAGUGACACGAGCACGGUAACCGUGCAAUGGGCGAUGGCGGAGCUGCUUCGCCACCCGGAGAAGAUGAAGAAGGUGAACGCCGAGCUCGCUGAGAAACUAGGGUCUAAAGAUUUCGUCACGGAGAGCGACCUCAGCGAGCUGCCGUACCUCCAUGCCGUGGUGAAGGAGACACUUCGCCUACACCCAGCAGUACCUCUGAUACCGCGUGAGGUUGUCGCGGAUGACAUGUCUCUAGGUGGAUUCCAUGUGCCGAAAGGGACGGGCGUCAUUGUUAACCUGUGA